AUGCUAAAACCAGACGAGUUGAUGCACCGAGAGGAGGGCACCCCCAGCCCCGGCGGGGUGGUAGGGCCCGGCGACGUCACCCAUUGUUUACAAAUCAACCCGAGCCGGCAGGAUUCCGGCUCCCGCGGCUGCGGCGCGCGGCUCGAGCGCCCGGCGGGCUCCGGCUUCCGCGUCCGCGUCCGCCCCGGCCCCGGCUUCGGCCUCAGCCGCGCGCCCGGCUCUGCCGCGCCACCCGCGUCGGCUGAGGCGGUGGGCCCGGCGCCCCCGGGGGCUGUGCGCUGCGCCCUCGGGGACCGUGGCCGCGUGCGGGGCCGGGCUGCGCCCUACUGCGUGGCUGAGCUCGCCGCUGGCUCCAGCGCACUUUCCCCACUGUCCCCUCAGCCUGGCUUUGAUGGGCCCCCGGGAGCUGGCCAGCGGGGUGUCCCGCAGCCGCUGUCCGGCCCGUGCCGGCGAGGAUGGCUCCGGGGCGCCGCAUCCUCCCGCCGCCUGCAGCAGCGCCGCGGGUCCCAGCCCGAAACCCGCACAGGGGACGACGACCCGCACCGGCUCCUGCAGCAGCUCGUGCUCUCGGGAAACCUCAUCAAAGAGGCCGUGCGGAGGCUCCAUUCGCGACGGCUGCAGUUACAUGCAAAGUUUCCCCAGCGUCCGCUCCUGGGGCCUCUGUCGGCCCCGGUGCAUGAGCCCCUUUCACCCCUCAGCCCUCGUGCGGCCUGCAGUGACCCUGGAGCGUCCGGGAGGGCGCAGCUGAGACCUGGCGAUGGUGUUCUUGUCCCUGGCAGCUAACACAGCCGAGGUGGCCACAGCGCCAGCCUCUGACUGGAGGGCAAGGGAUUCCCCCGAGGGCGGCAACCCUGCUCAAACUGGUGAACUCGCGCUUUUGGAAGCAGAGAAAAUAAGCUAAUGAAGACGGGGAACCGAAAAAUCGCGAAUGUUUUCGCGGGGAACUGAGGUCGAGGGCCCCGAUCUGUUUGAAAUGCAGAACGGGGUUGGCCCUACUAAGGGCAGAUUUGACAGAGCGCGCCCCGAGCGCACAGUCAGUAGGACUCCGUGGGGCGUGGCCCGACCCGGCCGCGCAGCCUCUCAGGGUGCUCCAGCCGCAGUCCACGCUUCUCAGGGUCGCCGAGCCCUGGAACGACGGAGAAUGAUCCCAGUUAUUUGCUUUACCUUUUCAGGGCUGGUUCCUGAUCCUCUUUGGGGGCGGGGAAGAUGAGCGAACGAUAAUUUCAGGGGGCACCCCAAUCUGCCAGACUUGA